AUGAUUGCAUCGGAGAUGGCGGGGAGGAAGAGCAACGACCCACCUCCACCAGCAGAAAAUGAGAGACAAGCCACUCAGCUGGGCACGCUGCUGAAGCAGUUCGUCCGCGUGGCGGCACCCUAUUGGUCGUCGGAGGACAAGAACCAGGCGCGGCUGCGACUGGCGGCGGUGCUUGUCUUCGCGCUGGGCUGCACUGGCGUCUCCGUGCUUUUCAACUUCUUAUACAGGGACUUCUACAACGCUAUAGCGAGCAAGGACGAGGAGGCAUUCGUGCAGCAGCUCUUGUGGUUUCUCGGCGCCACUGUGGGAGGCGUGCCGGUGUUUGUGUUUCGGGACUACCUGCGAGACACGCUGGCACUGCGGUGGCGGGCGUGGAUGACAACUGAUCUGCUCAAUAAGUACUUUCAGCAUCGCACCUUCUAUAACAUCCAGUCGCAGUCGCUAAUAGACAAUCCCGAUCAGCGCAUUAAUGAGGACGUGGACGACUUCACCACCACCUCGCUCACCUUCUCCCUCGCACUCGUGAACGCCAUCGUCGAUCUCAUCUCCUUCUCCGGCAUCCUCUACUCCAUCUACCCGCCGCUCUUCGCUGUUCUACUGGCAUACUCCCUCGGCGGCACGGCCAUCAGUGUGUACCUAGGCAGGGAGCUAGUGGGGCUCAACUUCCUGCAGGAGAAGAAGGAGGCGGAUUUCCGCUACGGGCUAGUGCGAGCGCGGGAGAACGCCGAGAGCAUCGCCUUCUAUGGGGGGGAGAGGAGCGAGACGCGCCUGCUACUGCAGCGCUUCCGACAAUCGUUUGCCAACUAUGCGCGCCUGCUGGUGGUAGGUCGAAACCUCGAUUUCUUCACCAGCAACUACCGCUACCUCAUCCAGCUGCUGCCAGCGGCCGUGGUGGCGCCUCUUUACUUCCGCGGGGAGAUUGAGUUUGGAGUGAUCAACCAGUCCUUCUCUGCCUUCAACCAUGUUCUCGGGGAUUUUUCAAUCAUCGUGUUCCAGUUCCAAGCGCUCUCGCAUUUCUCCGCUAUUGUGGAACGGCUGGGCGAGUUUCAGGAGGUGCUGGAUGACCAGAGCAAGCCAGCCGCGCUGCCAGCCGCCUCUGCUGCACCCGCUGCCAGUGCUGCCGGUGCUUCGGCGGCCACAGACAAAGACUCUGAGGCUGUGGCUGGGGACGGAACAAGGGGGGAGCUGGAAAGGCCUGGUCAGGCAACAGCAAGUGACGCAGGAGCAGAGCACCUGGCAUCACUGCUCAACAGCUUCAUCACCAUUGAAAACGUCAUCCUCCCAGCUUCAUCUCCCACUCUCCCCUCUGCCCUGCUGCCUGCCUCUGCCUCUUCCUCCCCAACUCUCGCCCAAUCCACCUCUCCCUCCUCCUCUGCCUCUUCCCCAUCUGACUCCUCCUCGUCCCGCGUGCUGCUGGAGGUGGACGGACUCACUCUCUGCACGCCCCAGUAUGCUUCGUGCCUGCUGUCUGGUCUUUCGCUCUCCGUCAAGCAAGGGGAACACCUGCUG